AUGGCGCUCAUUAGUAGGAAUGACUGGUGGACGGAGAUGGCAGCACAUAAAAUGAUACCAGAAUGUUGUACGGCUGUGCACAAAAACUACGAGAUAGGCCCAGCAUGUACAACAAACAGCAUUCAUACAUUACCUGCCCACCAUCCACACACUGUAACCCCCUCACUGUACUCACUGCCAACUAUGCAUCAACCAGACACGACCACCACCUCACCAUACCCACUGCCAACUAUGCAUCAGACACUGCUACCCCCUCACUGUACCCGCUGCCAACUAUGCAUCAGACACUGUUACCCCCUCACUGUACCCGCUGCCAACUAUGCAUCAACCAGACACUGUAACCCCCUCACUGUACCAACUGCCAACUAUGCAUCAACCAGACACUGCUACCCCCUCACUGUACCCGCUGCCAACUAUGCAUCAGACACUGUUACCCCCUCACUGUACCCGCUGCCAACUAUGCAUCAACCAGACACUGUAACCCCCUCACUGUACCCACUGCCAACUAUGCAUCAACCAGACACGACCACCACCUCACCAUACCCACUGCCAACUAUGCAUCAACCAGACACUGCUACCCCCUCACUGUACCCACUGCCAACUAUGCAUCAGACACUGUUACCCCCUCACUGUACCCGCUGCCAACUAUGCAUCAACCAGACACUGCUACCCCCUCACUGUACUCACUGCCAACUAUGCAUCAACCAGACACUGUAA